AUGGGAGAACACUCACCCAAUGAUGACAAAGGUCCCACAUUGCUUAUCCUUACUUGUGUACUGACCACUCUGGCUAUUGUUACAACUACCUUGCGUUGCUGGGUGCGAUGGGGAUGCCGGCAAUUUGGAUUCGACGAUGGAGCAAUAGCUUUGACAACUGUACUUGCGGUAGCUCGUAUGUCCAUUCAAAUCGUCAGCGUCCGGUAUGGCAACGGACAGCACCGCGAAUUCAUCUCCGACCACGAGUAUCGGACAAUCAAUAUGCUCACAUGGUACACACAAGUCUUGCUCUUCCCGACCAUCUGUCUGAUGAAGAUCUCGAUCUGCAUUUUGAUCUUGCGCAUCAAGGACACACGGACGCUCAAAUACAUCCUAGGCUUCGUCAUUACGGGUUUGAUCUUGACGAACUUGGAGUGCUUGUUGGUACUGCUGGCGGAAUGCUCACCGUUGGAAGCGUACUGGAAUGGAACAUCUGCAGAACACUGCUGGCCCGCCAAAGUGCGAAUCUACAGCAUCUACCUCCAAGCAUGUUCGUAUAUUGAUGUACUCUCUGCUUCUUACGCUAACUUGUUGUANGCGUACGGCGUGGCGACUGAUAUAGUCUGUACCAUCCUGCCGAUCCAUGUGGUCUGGAAUGUAAAGAUACCUCUAUCAACAAAAGCUGCGGUCUGUGGACUGAUGAGCAUGGGCUUGGUGUACGUAUCCAUCCUGACAUGUCACAAGCAUAGUGCUGACCGACCUGACCAGNNAGCAACGAUAUGUUCGACCGUCCGAGCAGCAUCUCUUGGAACGACUACGAAUGACCUCUCAUACGCUUACUGCAUUGCCGCAAUAUGGGCCAACACCGAGCUGUUCCUGGGCAUCAUCGCCGCGAACCUCGCCCUAUCCCGCUCCAUAUACAAACACUUCGCCAAGCGCGCGCAAACAUUGACAUCGAACACCUAUGGACCAAGAUCAGCACAUCUUCGCAACAGCUUUGCGACCCCAUCCCGUAUGGGCUAUGUCAAGUCACCCGAGCCAACAUUGACUCUAGAAACCAUCGGAUCGCCGGGCAGCGAAGCGAGUGGGAUACCUUUGCGACCUUACAAGAAUGGAGCAACAUUUACCAAGUUGGAUGAUUUUGAGAAGGGGAUGAGAUGA